UGAUGAUAAAGAUGAAUAUUUUAAUGAACAAAUUGUGAUAGAAAUAGAUAAAAUAAUUAACAAGGUUAUGAGUACCAUUAUAAAUGUAUCCAAAAAAUCAAAAAGUUAUAAAUCUUUUGCAUUGUUAAUAGAAAUAUUUUUACAAUUAGAAGAUGACAUUACAAUGUUAUACCAAAAAGCAGAAUAUAAUAAAAAUUUCUUUGUCAAAAAGUGA